UCGCCGCCGCCACCCCCACGCCGACGUCGACGGGGCAGACCCCUGCGUGGGCCGCCAGAUCCACAUCCGCCACCCGCGAUUCGCUCGCUGACCACGACCAGCGCAGUCUCGGGUGAGCUCGGCUGGCCAGGCCCCGGCUGUGAGAGCGGCCGCCGCCGCGGCCUCCGUCGUCGUCCCCGCCACGCCGAGCCGCUACAGAGGAGGACAAGGAAAGGGAGGAGCCACAGCGGAAGACAUCCCGCCACGCCGAUCUGCCCGCUGGGCAACCACGCCAGGCCGCCGCGCCUCCCGCCGGGCCGCCACGCGCGCCACGCUGAGAUGGCCACCGGGCCGUGGACGAGGAGAAUGGAAGAGAAGGGGCCGCCAUGGAGGAACUGCCGAGUCCAGCAGGUUGCUGGCCAACCACAUCGAGCCGGCGGCCCUCUCUGGGGGCGCAGCGCAGCGCCAGCUCGCGCCGCGUGGCCUAGCCCUCCUGCCGCCGGCCAAAGGAAAGCAGCAUGCCCGCACGCCUGAGCAUCCUCUUCUUUGGAUCACGGCUGCAGCUACCUCUACAAGAAGGACGUCCCUCCUCUGCUCCUAACUUUUGCCAUGGCCAGUGCUCGCUACCUGUUCGACGAAAUGCACAUCCCAUGUUUGCCAACAGAUUGUACACAGAGCUCCAGCAGAGUGCCAUCCUUAUAGACACACCUCCAUCUGCAGUCACGGUGCGCUGUCGGGCGCGACAAGCGGCUGGCGGUGGAGCGCGUCCCCCGCAGUAGCGCCGUACGGGCCAUGGACAGUGUCCACCGACGAGGUCGUGGCGCUUAUGCCGGCCGGCCGCAAUGGAGGGGCUCGCAAUAGCGCCGCGUAGGUGGGGCAGCGGCAAGGAGCAUGCCGACGCGCGGCCAGCCGGCGAUGAAGCGCCUCGACCACCACGACACGCAGAUGCGGCAGCGGUGACGAGAGCAAGCUGUGCUGGUGCCCCAGCCUGUGCUCGCUGUUCUCCGAAAUCCAAAAGUGAAAUAGGUGAUUUUGAGCUUGGGAGUUGCUCGGACGACCAAUUUUGGAGCCAACGGAGGGGAUGUCAAGACCCCUCGAUCGAUUGGCUAGGCCAUAUGAGUAUGAAGCACUUCUUUCCCUUGGGACACUAUGAAUCGAUUCCCAACGAAUUAGCAGACGCUGUUGAUUCAUCUUGUUCUUCCCUGUUUCUUUGAAAGAUAAGAAGUUGAUAUAUUUCUGUUUGAAUAAUAAUGCUAUUACCAGAGACCAUAAGAAUAAUUGCUGCUACAUGGGUGUAGCUUUAUUGCCUGGUGCCCCAGCCUUUGCUCGCUGUACCACCUGACCUCAGGCACGUAAUCUGCGUACUCAAUCGAUUUCAGUUUUUCUUUUUGUUAUGAGUACCUUCAUGCAUAUUAGAUGUUCAACGAAAUAGGUAAAAGUACCUGACUCACAUUUUCUUUAACACACUUUCCUUGAAUUCCAAUUUUCCAUUAGUCUUUGACUAUACCCUCAUGAAAACUAUAUUUACUACAAUAGAUGAUUUGCAAUUUACACAAUGUCAAAUUAUUUCAGAACCACCCCAAACCAAAAAAAAUUAGUUAUACUUGUGGUCAAAACAAGACAUAGCAAGUUAACACUCUUAGGUACAUAAUAUCAUGGUAGUAGGCAAAUUCUCCAUGGAUGCCAACAAGGAAGACACAGGCAAGUGCCUGCAUAUAGGCAAGGAAGGGGUUGCCGUCCACACUCGUGAGCAUUAUCCAUAUGGUACUAAGUGUUCUUUUGUAAUAACUAAAUCAAUAAGCUUCUUUAAACAACUGUCAGCUGUGUAUUGUUUUCUUCUAAUUCCCAUGUAUUCUCAUGCAUACCAUUUGCUUAUUGAAAUGGAUUACUGCAGCUUACAUUGGCAGAUGAACUACACAUCUAGAAAAAAUACCAUUCUUCGUAAUAUGAUGAUUAGUAAAUUACAUUGAGUGGCUGACGAUGGGAGUUCAAUUUCGCUUAAUAUUACUAGGCAUACGAACUCUUAGUUUUACAUGCAAUUACUUCCAAUCACCUCCUUUUCUCUGUUAUACAGCCUUUUAAAUUUGCAAAAUACAUACUCCCAAACUUUUAAUCCUAACUUUUAAUCCUAAUUCUAUGGCCCGUCCACUGGCCGCAGACCAUUUCUAGUCUCUUACGGUGUCUGCCGUUCCCUCGCACGGCCUGUCCAUGGCGACUGCACCCUUGGCCUGUCGCUCCCUCCUCGCUCCGGCCCAGCAAUCCCAUCCACGGCUGCCUGCCUCCGUCCGCCUCGACCUCUCCCACCACAGGCAACCUCCCGCUGAACCCAAGCGCCGCCGGCACUCCGUCCCUUCGCAUCCGGCCUUCUCUGCAGCCGUGCGGAGUCGUGCCAAGAAGAUCCCCAUCCCGGACACCGGCGAGCCCGCCGCCGGAGUCCGCGUCACCGACCGUGGCCUCGCCUACCGCCUCGAUGGCGCGCCAUUCGAGUUCCAGUACAGCUACACCGAGGCCCCACGCGCGCGCCCCGUCGCCCUCCGCGAGGCUCCCUUCCUGCCGUUCGGGCCCGAGGCCACGCCGCGCCCGUGGACGGGGAGGAAGCCGCUGCCCAAGAGCCGCAAGGAGCUCCCAGAGUUCGACUCGUUCGUGCUGCCACCGGCAGGCAAGAAGGGGUUGAAGCCCGUUCAGUCGCCGGGGCCGUUCCUCGCCGGGAUGGAGCCGAGGUACCAGGCGUCCUCCAGGGAGGAGGUGCUCGGGGAGCCCCUCACCAAGGAAGAGGUCGCCGAACUAGUCAAAGGGAGCCUCAAGACCAAACGGCAGCUCAAUGUUGGUAGGGAUGGUUUGACACACAAUAUGUUGGAGAACAUUCAUUCACAUUGGAAAAGGAAGAGAGUUUGCAAGAUAAAGUGCAAAGGUGUCUGUACAGUUGAUAUGGAUAAUGUCUGCCAGCAGCUAGAGGAAAAGGUUGGAGGAAAAGUAAUACACCGUCAAGGGGGUGUCAUAUUUCUUUUUCGUGGUCGAAACUACAAUUACAGGACUCGGCCAAGUUUUCCUCUUAUGCUGUGGAAACCUGUUGCACCAGUGUACCCUCGUCUUGUUAAGAAGGUACCAGAUGGCCUAACUCCAGAUGAGGCCACAGAAAUGCGCAAAAGAGGACAUCAAUUACCACCAGUUUGCAGACUUGGGAAAAAUGGUGUUUAUGUUAACCUUGUGAAGCAAGUUAGAGAAGCAUUUGAAGCAUGUGAUCUUGUCCGCGUUGAUUGCUCAGGUCUUAACAAAAGUGAUUGCAGAAAAAUUGGAGCUAAACUGAAGGAUCUAGUUCCCUGUGUCUUACUGUCUUUUGAGUUUGAGCAUAUACUGAUGUGGAGAGGAAGUGAUUGGAAAUCAUAUCUUCCUCCGUUAGGAGAAAAUAAUUUUGAAGUGACAAAAGUGCAAGAACAUUUUAGUGGCAAAGAUUUGAAUGAUAAGGUUGGACAUUCAGGAACUAUUCUGACCCAGAUUGAGUUGGCCAGUGAUGUAACAAAUCUAAAUCUCCAGGACUGCAAUUUGGGUGAACGUGAAGACAAAUCAAAAGAUUCCAUGAAACCUAAGCCUGCUGGUGAUACGGUGCUGAGUUCUGCAACAGAAGUCGCUGGAUUGUUUCAUUCUAUAGGUAUGUCUGGAACUGAACCCUCGCCACACACUGCAUUAGAACAUUCACAAGCAUUAAGCCCAGUAAGUGAUUUUGCAGAUCCAUCUGUGAAGUCAGCAUUACAUUGCCAAAGUAUCCCAUCAGAAAAGAGUGGAAAUAGAGGUUUGGUUGAGAAAUCUCUCAAUCAUUCCACAAUCCCUGAACAUUCAUCUGGUGUUCUGGAACCACACCCUUGUACAACAGGCAUGGAUGACAAAUUGGAGACUAUGGGGAAAGACAUCAAAGAUAUAAAAGGCAGAGAUGUGCAGAACAGUAGUUGUAAAGUGCCUUCCUACAUGGACGAAAUGUUGCUUCUUUUGAAACAGGCUCUUGACAGCGGCAGGGCACUUGUUCUGAGUGAAAAUGAGUUUGUUGAUCCUGAUCUGGUGUAUCAAAAGUCUGUUGCAUUCACAAAGGCAGCUCCACGAGGACCGGUUUUCGAGCAUACUCAAACAAAGUAUGGUGCCAGGAGAAAUGGGCAAGAGAAGUAUGUAAGAGUUAAAAAGCAUCUUGUAGGAAAUAAAGUAUCCAGCAGUCAUGUUGAAAAGGGAGAGUAUGCCAAUGGAGGAUUGACACAGACAAAUUACCAUGCGCAAGAGUUUCUAUCUGAUGUGGUUCCACAGGGUACCUUAAGAGUGGAUGAACUAGCAAAAUUACUCGCUUAGAGGUGAUUGUUCUUUAAUCGGCCAUAAUUGCCCAAGAUCUGUUUUGAUGCCUAGGACUAGGAGUCCAGUCAACCUAGGAGCUGUUUUGGCACUUUGUCAGCUGGAAAUACCAUUCUGUCGAUUCAAGCUGAGUUUUCGAGUGGUGAAUGAUCUUCAUAGGAAAUUAUGUGAGGUGAGAAAUAUUGUAACAUACUUUCCUUUAAUAGUUUGUGCUUAAUAAUGGUACCUUAUGCUCUUGAAGAAUGCACAUGCGCUGUCCUGCAUGGAGGCAUACGCUGCUGUUUGCUGAAAUACAGGCACAGGAAUACAGGAGGGUGUUGAUGAGAUGCAUGUCAUGGAAAUUUCUAUAACCUGUUGGAACUUCACCCCUUACACAUUUUUAAUUUGCCAAUAUAUGGCUUAGAUACUAGCUUUCCAUUUUCCAAAUAUACAGUUAUACGCAUCUUGUCCACUGUAAAUCUGUGUUUGCCUCUGCAGUUUGCACAUCAGGAACCUACUAUUCUAAAGGCACUACUGAUGUGUUAUUAGUUAUACAAAAAAAAAUGAUUGCAUCCCAUUAGCCA